AUGUCAGUAUUGAAUCAAAGUGGAGAAGAUGCUGUCGAGUGUCCUUUAUGUAUGGAACCAUUGGAGGUGGAUGAUUUGAAUUUCUUUCCAUGCACCUGUGGAUAUCAGAUAUGUCGUUUCUGCUGGCAUAGAAUUCGUACUGACGAGAAUGGCUUAUGCCCUGCCUGUCGAAAAGCCUAUUCUGAGAAUCCUGCAGAUUUUAAACCUCUUAGUAUGGAAGAAAUUGCAAGAUUAAAAGCAGAAAAGAGAUUAAAAGAUCAGCAACGUAAGCAGAGAGUAACAGAAAACCGUAAACAUCUAGCUAAUGUGAGAGUAGUACAAAAAAAUCUAGUGUUUGUAGUAGGAUUACCAUUGCGACUUGCGGACGCUGAUGUAUUAAAACGGCAUGAAUAUUUUGGAAAAUUUGGGAAAAUUCACAAAGUUGUAAUAAAUCAAAGCACUUCCUAUGCAGGGUCUCAAGGCCCUAGUGCUUCAGCUUACGUUACUUAUCAACGUCAAGAGGAUGCACUACGUGCUAUAGAGGCUGUGAAUAAUGUUAUUAUGGACGGACGAACAAUAAAAACGUCACUAGGGACAACAAAGUAUUGUUCACAUUUUAUGCGUAAUCAGCCUUGUCCGAAACCGGAUUGUAUGUAUUUACAUGAUCUUGGGGACCAGGAAGCAUCGUUUACAAAGGAGGAGAUGCAUCAAGGGAAACACCAGGAGUACGAGCGGAAACUUGUGCAAUCGUUAAAUGCAUCGCAUGCAUCUGCUCAACGGAAGCCAACGCCAUCGCCAUCCGUGACAGGUAGUAUCGUUCGAGAAAACGGGACUUCAAAUUCUCAAGCCAAAGAAGCUUGGCCAUCGUUACAGACUGGGCAAACAACUAGUACACAAACAAAUUGUAAAGAAUUAUCACCGCCGUCACAAGCAACAUCACAACCGAACAACAUAACGAAUGGAAGUGGCAUGACAAAUCAACAGAGCCAUGUGUCGUCCGGUGGAUCCACACAUCAACAAAACAAUAACAACAAAGGCGAAAGUAUGAAUUUAAGGAGAGGUAAAAGUAAUAGUGAAAGUAAAGCACAGGCAGCACGGAAUAAACAUAAAAACUGUCAGAAUAAAGAGAAACAUAGUACAAGGACAACUUCACGAUCUGAAUCGAGCUCUAUCGGUGCGCAAAAUGUACAACCACAAAUUAAUGGACAAAAGGAUAUUAGAAAUUUUUCAUCUGAAACAAGUAGUGAUGUAUUACAAAAAUUGGGUAAUAAGUGUAAAUCGGAACAACAGCAACAGCCACAGCAACCAUCGCAACAGCAACAACAACCAUCACCGCCACAACAACAGCAGCAGCAGCAGCAACAACAAAAUAAUAAAGGAUCUAAAUUAGUUCAACAGCAGCAGCAACAGCAACCUCAGGAAGUCAAAAUAAAUGGAAUAGUGCAAAAUGGAGAACGUCGAUAUUCGGAUAGUGAAACAGAUCAACAACGCGAAGGUAGUACACCAGCUAGUACGAUUUCAAGUACAGAAGAUUCAAAUGUGAAUCAACAAGUGGAACAUUUAACAGAAUCAUGUGAGGAGAACAAUGGUGCUGCUAUUUUGGGUUCCUCUCCGGCUAGUACAAAUUCAUCACAAGGUGCCAAUCAACAGCCGCCACCUGGUUUACAUAAUGGAUCUCAAAUGCAACUCAGUCAUCGGUCAAUCUUUCAGGCGGACAAUAACAGCUUCUUCAGUUCAAACACUUUCCAGAAAAUCUCUACCACCACCUCAGUGCCACCUACUUCUUUGACAGCAAACCCAAACCUGAACUGGACAAGCACGGGCUUAGCUUCAAUUCCCGACUCGUUACCAAUAGUUCAAUCAAGCGAAGAUUGGCAAGCGGCUUUCGGUUUUCAACCGGAAACACCACGAACAAAUCACAUUGUACAAAAAUCCAGCCCUUCUAGUUCACCGGGAGUGACAUUCAAUUCUGACGGUUUCGUAGACGAAGAAAUUUACACCAAUCUGCAGUAUACUACUAUUUCUGAACCUUCUGCCAAUUUUACUCAGAGUGUGCUCGUUAAUUCUCCUGCAUCCAAAUUUAUGGCUGAUUUUCAACAAAACUCUUUACAACAGAGGCUUGCUUUGCAGGCUCAACAAAAUCAGGAGAAUUGUGAAUACAUAAAGCAAAAUGGUCAUGCUUCCUUGGAGGAAGUUCGAAAUCAUAAAGAAUCUGGUUCAGACAUAAAAGCUGAUGAUGAUUUAGGAUUUGAUCCGUUCCAUGAAACACAAAAAGCUCUAGCUGAACUUAUGGAGAAUGAAAUGCAAUUACAACAACAGAGGUUGUUUCAACAACAGCAGCAACAGCAAAGAGAACGAGAAGAGCAGAAUAGGGUACAACAUCAACAAAAUAUUGCGAAUCUUGGUCAGCAGCAUUUUCCACAGGUUGCUCAUAUAGCACAUUUACAGCAACAGGCCCAACACUUGCAGAAUCUGCAGGUUCUUCAACAGUCGCAUUCCCUGCUGUCUCGUCUUCCUCAAAAUUUAUUACAAAGUGGUACACCACAAAGUUCUGCUCAGAGUAGCGUGACUGCGGCCAGUUUGGGACAACGUAGUCGUCAUCCACCACCAGGUUUCCCUGGUUCCACACCAAAUCACAUGAAUUCUUUUGGUCUUGGUAUACCGCGACCAGCUCCCACGAACGGUGCUCUUUCGGGAGCGCAACCACCGCAGCAAAAUGCCUAUCUUCCAAAUGGAACCCCCCUUCUGAAUUCGCAAGGUAUUAGUAAAUGCGCAGGUGACGCAGUUUAUACGCUUAAGGAUUGGUGUGAUAUUAAUAACCAGCAGCAACAACAACAAUUUCAUCAUCAAGCAUUACAUCAAAAGGGAGGAUGGAAUAACUUUGGACCUAUUGCGGACUGGACUUCGAUUGAUCCAGCUAUCGUUAGUUCUUCUAGGCCUCUUCCAUUCCAAACUACUAGUACAUGGCAAUUCCCACAUGUUCAUCCCACACAUACCGUUUCACACAAUGCGCAACAGGAACAACAGAACGCACCAACUCAACAUUGGGCAAUGCAACCACCUCCAGGUUUUGCUGCACCAGCGACUACGGGACAACUGAGUAAUCAGCCAAGCACAACUGCACAGCCGCACACCAAACUAAUCUCUGCAGGAUCGGAAAUUGAAAAUCUAUAGAUAAAUAUGAGUACGCGAAAUGUACAACUGUAUGAUAAAAAACAUCCAUACGAGACGAGAUGAAAGUCAGCAGUGAUACAAAAAAAAAUACCCGACAGUCUGUUACGUACGUUUU